AUGAGUGAACCUUUUGCUGACUUUAGUAAAUUGAAACUUCAUCUUCCUUCACUCAGGGUCGAUGAUCUCAAGGACAUCCUCAGAGGUAUCAAUCGUUCAAUUCCUGGAGCUUAUACUAGACUUACCGGACGAAAAGAUGAUUUGGUAAUGAGAAUCGAGGAUCAACUUUUAGACGCGAUUCAAACUUCAUCCAAAGAAAGAUAUAAUACCAUUCGAUCACUCAUCUUUCCUCGACAAGCCGCAUCAGCCGUACCAACUCCGCACAACAGACCUCCUAAUAUUCCAAGACCAGCACCUAUUCCAUCGACAUCAUCAAAUCAUCACUAUUCAACACAUUCCCCCAAUCCAAUGGCCAAUCGAGCACCUGCACCGGUGACCGAUUACGGCUCUACUUCUAUGUCGUCACGAAACGCGUUUCCAAAUCCACCCUCUUCGGCCUCCUCUUCAGCUGGAUUCAAGCGGUCGCUUCCACCUGCUCCUCAUCACCCUUCGUUUGGUACAAAUCCUUUGGGAUCAACAGGAAGAGCGCAUCUUCCUGUUACAUCUCAACCAAAAUCUUUUCCCUUACCAUUUGAAAGCUCACCUUUUUAUCGCUUUGAUUCUGCUGCUUCUGGAAUUGCAAUUUGUCAUACAGCUCAAAACGAUCGGAAGUCAAUUUCAAUUACACUUACCAUAUCACAAGAUCAACGAAGCAAAUUAUCGCAAUCACAAGCGAAUUCGAGUAAUCCACAAUAUCGAUUAAGACUAUUUUGUACAUCAGAAAAACACUUCAAUCAUCCACAAUACAAUGCACCUCAUGCACCAAUCCUACCACCUGCACCCAUUGAAUUUCCGACCACAUGUGAAUUAAAAUGUAAUUCGAUUACGAUUCCUGCAAAUGUAAGAGGAUUGAAGAAUCAACCUGGUACAGCACCUCCACCAGAUUUAGGUUCUACUGGUAAUGGUUCUGUGAUCAAUAUAAAAGAAUAUGGAACGAAUAGGAUAGAUGUGAUUUAUACUAAUACUGACCGAAAAUAUUAUGUCAUUGUUUAUCUUGUUGAACAUUUCUCAAUUCCGCUCUUGAUCAAGAAUUUGAAGGCUAGUAAACAGCAAACUAAAGAAGAAGUGUUGGCUAAGAUCUUGGCUGGUUCUGGGGACGAUGAUGUUUUCACUUCAUCCUCUGUAGUUGCCUUAGUUGAUCCUCUCGUUUUAAGUCGAAUUCGUUUACCGAUUCGAUCUCUGCAAUGUACACAUCUACAAUGUUUUGAUGCAGAAUUUUUUUAUUCCAUGAUGGAACAAACCCCUACUUGGAUGUGUCCGGUUUGUAAUACGAAACUCAAUCCACAACAAUUGGCUGUUGAUGGAUAUAUGCAAUCGAUUUUACAAAUCAUGCCAAGUUCAAUGGAUUCAGUUAUAAUUGAAGCAGAUGGAACAUGGCAUGAUGAAAAUUACAAGUAUGGAACAUCAGCUAAAGUAGGAGUUAAGAAACCAUCAAGUUCAUCAACAUCAACACCCAUAGAGAAAAAUCAAAAUGGAAAUGAAAAAUCAAAAGUGAAUAAUAAAAGAGAUGUCAUGGUUUUGGAAAUUGAUGAUGAUGAUGAAGAUGAUGCUAGGAGUAGUAGGAAAAGGGUUAAAAGUAAUCAAAGUCAUCAGGAUUCGGUUUGUAUUGAUUUAACGUUGGAUGAUGAUUAG